AUGUUGGUGCGAGAAGACCCACGAAUCACAUACAUGGACAUCGAAAAGAUUGUAGGCAUUAGUUCGGGGAGCAUUCAUACCAUCCUACAUCAACAUCUUGGAGUGAGGAAGCUUUGUUGUCGAUGGAUCCCUCGUUUGCUCUUCGAAAGCGAAAAACAGGCUCGUGUAGAUUGGUGGCAUGAAAUUCGUUUACGUUUUAGAAACGGGGCAUCUAGGCGUGUUUCAGAAAUCGUUACUGGUGACGAGACAUGGAUCUAUCAAUAUGAUCCGGAAAAUAAAAGGCAAUCAUCGGUAUGGUUAUACCAUGAAGCAAAUAUAAAUAGGAGAUGUUUUAAUUAA